UCUGGGCGACCGCACGUGGUUGUAGUGCCGGGGCUUGAACCUAGCUGGCAGAGAAGUGAUUGCAACUCUCUCCCAGAGAGAGGGAGCCGAGCCGGAGCCAUGGAGGGUCAGAGCGUGGAGGAGCUGCUGGCAAAGGCGGAGCGGGACGAGGCAGAGAAGCUGCAGCGUAUCACGGUGCACAAGGAACUGGAGCUGGAGUUCGACCUGGGUAACCUGCUGGCCUCGGACCGGAACCCUCCGACCGGGCUGCGGCACGCGGGACCCACGCAGGAGGCCGAGCUGCGGGCCCUGGCGCGGGACAACACGCAGCUGCUCAUCAACCAGCUGUGGCAGCUGCCCACCGAUCGUGUGGAGGAGGCGCUGGUGGCGCGGCUGCCGGAGCCCACCACUCGUCUGCCGCGCGAGAAGCCUGUGCCCCGGCCGCGGCCGCUUACACGCUGGCAGCAGUUUGCGCGCCUCAAGGGUAUCCGUCCCAAGAAGAAGACCAAUCUGGUGUGGGACGAGGGGACCGGCCAGUGGCGCCGCCGCUGGGGCUACCAGCGCGCCCGCGACGACACCAAGGAAUGGUUGAUCGAGGUGCCCGGGAAUGCCGACCCCAUGGAGGACCAGUUCGCCAAGCGGAUUCAGGCUAAGAAGGAACGAGUGGCCAAGAACGAGCUGAACCGGCUGCGUAACCUGGCCCGCGCGCACAAGAUGCAGCUGCCCAGCGCGGCCGGCAUGCACCCUACCGGACACCAGAGUAAGGAGGAGCUGGGCCGCGCCAUGCUGGUGGCCAAGGUCUCCACCGCCUCUGUGGGGCGCUUCCAGGAGCGCCUGCCCAAGGAGAAGGCGCCCCGAGGCUCUGGAAAGAAGAGGAAGUUUCAGCCUCUUUUCGGUGACUUUGCAGCCGAGAAAAAGAGCCAGUUGGAGAUGCUGCGAAUAAUGAACAGCAAGAAGCCUCAGUUGGACGUUACGAGGGCCACCAAUAAGCAGAUGAGGGAGGAGGACCAGGAAGAGGCGGCUAAGAGGAGGAAAAUGAGUCAGAAGGGCAAGAGAAAGGGGGGCCGACAGGGUCCUGGGGGUAAGAGGAAAGGGGGCCCGCCCAGCCAAGGAGGGAAGAGGAAAGGGGGCUUGGGAGGCAAGAUGAAUUCCGGGCGGCCUGGCUUGAGUGGCAAGAGAAAAGGAGGGCAACACCAAGGAGGAAAGAGGAGGAAGUAAAUUUCACCCUCGGACCUGCUUGUAAACCAAGGACUGUACUUAAUGUUAAGUUCUAGGUACAGUAGGGGGAUGCAGAAUAUGGGGCCGCUGCCUGCAUCGAGCUUCAGGUUAAAGGGCUAAGCUUGCCGUCCUCUGAAGAUGGUUGUAAAUGUUUGAUUCGACACAUUAAUGCAUUUCCCAUAACCAAAACUUUUGCUGGAGAUUAAAGGAUGUAUUUAAGGACAUACGAAUUGGAAAGAAUUUGUGGAAACUAGGAGUGAGUUGUUUUUAAACAGCCAUUUUUUUUUUCUCUUUAAACUUUGGAUGGGGUGUAAGGGAGAGAGCUGGUCAUAUUUCAGAGACUUUUAAUAGAUUGGUAUCUGCAUUAUUUUGAUAACAAGCUUGUGUAUUUAUCAAACGAGGGGGACAGAAAGGUUACAUUUUCAGAACUGUUGUAAAGGUUAUUUAAUAAAAGUGUCUGUAU